CUACAAAUGACUAUUUAGACUCUUCAUGAUGACUACAACCUUUUCCCCAUACAAUAAAUACAUGGUAUGUUCAUAGUAUUCAUAACAAAUUUUGUUUACUUCUCACCACAAAGCUAACAUUAUCACAAAACUAGCUAGAAGACCCAAAUUAUUAAGGCAAAAAAAAAAUGCAAGAAAAUCAGAGAGAAAGAUUAGUUGAUUCUGAAAUCCCAUCAAAGAAUAAUAACAAAGAAGAAAAUGUAAGGAAUUUACAAGUUCUUGAUUCUUCAUAUGAUUACAAUGGAAAAAUUCCUCUUCGAUCUUCCACUGGUUCAUGGAAAGCAUCCUUCUUCAUCAUUGCAAUUGAGUUUAGUGAAAGAUUGAGCUACUUUGGAAUAGCAACAAAUUUGAUAACAUACCUGACACAAGUGAUGCACCAAGACCUAAAAACAGCAGCCAACAACGUGAAUAUAUGGGCUGGAGUUACAACCGUGAUGCCUCUUCUUGGUGGGUUCCUUGCUGAUGCUUACACUGGCCGCUACUUCAUCAUUCUCUUCUCUGCUGUCCUUUAUGUCCUCGGUCUAUCUCUUUUUACCAUGACACAAUACAUUCCAACUCUAAAACCAUGCACCAGAACACCAAUUUCCUCAUGUGAACAUGCAACAAAACUCCAUGAAACAUUCUUCUUCAUAGCAGCCUACUUAGUAGCCCUUGCAACCGGGGGCUACAAGCCAUGUCUCGAGAGCUUUGGGGCGGACCAAUUCGACGACAACCAUACAAAAGAAAGGAAGCAAAAGAUGUCAUUUUUCAAUUGGUGGAAUGUUUCCCUUUGUAGUGGCCUAUUUCUUGGGGUAACUUUAAUUGUUUAUGUACAAGAUUAUGUGAGUUGGGGUAUUGGGUUUCUAAUAUUAGCUAUAAUUAUGGGAUUAUCUGUACUUAUUUUUGUUGUUGGAAGGCCAUUUUAUCGUUAUAGAAGUGCUCUUGGAAGUCCCUUAACUCCAUUGUUACAAGUUGUGGUUGCUGCUUUUGUUAAGAGGAAGUUAUGUUGUCCUUCGGAUCCCACGUUGUUUUAUGAGAAAUGUUUUGAUUCUCACAAGCUCCAAAGGAGGCUUUUAAGUCAUACUAAUAGGCUAAGAUUCUUUGAUAAAGCAGCUAUAAUAGAAGAAGAUGAAAGUAAUGAAACAAGAACAAAAAGAGCAAAUCCAUGGAGGCUAGCAACAGUGACAAAAGUAGAAGAACUAAAGCUAAUAAUAGCCAUGCUUCCCAUAUGGCUAACAUGCUUAGUAUUCGGCAUAGGCAUCGCACAAGGCUCAACAUUCUUCAUCAAACAAGGCACAUCAAUGAACAGAAAAAUCACUCAUAACUUUGAAAUCCCUGCAGCAUCAGUAUACACCCUUACUGCUAUAGGAAUGAUUGCUUCAGUGUCCUUUUAUGAUAAGGUACUCCUACCAUACUUAAGAAAAAUCACAGGAAAUGAAAGAGGAAUCAACAUUCUUACAAGAAUAGGAAUUGGUAUGAUGAUCUUAAUCAUAUCAAUGAUGAUCGCCGCGAUCAUCGAAAAUCAAAGGUUAAAAGCAUCAUCACAAGGAAGAACAUUAAGUGUAUUUUGGCUAGCCCCUCAAUUCUUGAUCAUUGGUAUAGGAGAUGGGUUUUCAUUAGUAGGUAUGCAAGAGUAUUUCUAUGAUCAAGUUCCUGAUUCUAUGAGAAGUUUAGGGUUGGCGUUUUACCUUAGUGUUAUUGGUGUUGGAAGCUUCCUUAGCACAUUCUUGAUUAUUAUUGUGGAUUCUAUUAAUAGUGGGAAAAAAUGGAUCGGAAAGGAUUUAAGUCAGAGUCGUCUUGAUUAUUUUUACUGGUUAUUAAUGGGCAUAUUUAUUUUUAAUAUGUUUAUUUUUGUUUGGUUGGCUAAGAAUUAUAGGUACAAAAAUGUUGAUAGAGGAAUAAGUGUUGUUGAUUCUAAUGAUGGGGAGAAGCAAGUAGUUAUGAAGUUGAAAGAAAUGGUUCAGUCACAAAGAGAAAGAGACGAUUGUAGUGAAGUUCCACUAAUAGAAGAUGAAGAUGUAGUGGAAUCUCAAGUUCAAGACUCAUCGGUAGACUAUAAAGGAAGGCCAGCUCUUCGAGCUACUACCGGUUCAUGGAAAGCUUCAUAUUUCAUUAUAGCCAUUGAGUUUGGUGAGAGGCUAAGCUACUUCGGAAUAUCAUCAAAUAUGAUAACAUAUUUGACAACAGUAAUGCACCAAGAUCUAAAAACAGCGGCUAAUAGCGUAAAUGUUUGGAUUGGGGCUACAACUGUUAUGCCUUUGCUUUUUGGCUUUGUCGCCGAUGCUUUUACUGGUCGCUACGUCAUGAUUCUCUUUUCCGCCAUCUUUUAUCUCCUGGGUUUAGGUACAUUCACAAUGUCACAAUACAUUCCAAGUCUCAAACCUUGCAACACAACCACAACAACUUCAUGCAAGUCCAUAAGCAACAUACACAAAAUAGUCUUCUACAUAGCCGCCUACCUUGUGGCCAUAGCCACAAGUGGUUACAGGCCAUGCUUGGAGGCUUUCGGGGCGGACCAAUUCGACGACUACCACUCCAAAGAAAGGAGGCAAAAGUUAUCCUUCUUCAAUUGGUGGAACGUUGCCUUGUGCGGUGGUCUAUUCUUUGGGGUUACUAUAAUUGUUUAUGUACAAGAUUUUAUAAGUUGGGGCAUUGCCUUUUUGAUCUUGACUAUAAUAAUGGGGAUCACUUUCUUGUUGUUUAUUCUUGGGACCCCUAUAUAUCGUUACAAGACUCUUGUUGGAAGCCCUUUUACACAAUUGGUUCAAGUGUUGGUUGCUGCUUUUGUUAAGAGAAAUCUAGAUUGUCCUUUGGAUUCUAACUUGUUGUAUGAAGAUCAUGAUUUGAACAAGCUUCAAGGGAGAUGUUUGGGUCAUACUAAUCGACUCAGGUUUCUUGACAAAGCUGCUAUAAUUGUAAACCAUAAAAGUGACGAAGAAGAGGAUACUGAUAAACGACUAAAUCCAUGGAGCCUCGCAAGUGUGACACAAGUAGAAGAACUAAAACUUCUAAUCACGAUCAUUCCUAUAUGGUUAACUUGCUUAGCGUUUGGCGUAGGUACUGCCCAAGGAGCCACAUUCUCCGUCAAACAAGCAAGCGCAAUGAACAGAAAAAUCUUCAAAGACAUAGAAAUCCCACCAGCUUCUAUGACAACGAUAACAUCGAUAUCAUUAAUGGCCACAAUCUCAUUAUACGACAAAAUCCUCAUUCCAUACUUACAAAAAAUUACAGGCAAAGAACGAGGCAUUAACAUUCUUACAAGAAUAGGCAUCGGAAUGUUUAUACCAAUCAUAACAAUGAGUAUCUCCGCCUUGAUAGAGAAGAAGCGAUUAAACGCAUUAUCUCGUGGAGAAAUUCUUCAUGUUGUAUGGCUCGCGCCAUACAACAUAAUGAUUGGUAUUGGGGAUGGAUUUUCCUUAGUAGGAAUGCAAGAGUUUUUCUAUGAUCAAGUUCCAAAUUCAAUGAGGAGUUUAGGGUUGGCAUUUUAUUUAAGUGCAAUUGGUGUUGGGAGUUUUCUUAGUAGUAUUUUGAUUAUUAUUGUGGAUUUUGUUGUAGGGAUUAGUGGUGGGAAGAAAUGGAUAGGUGAGGAUGUUAAUUAUAGUCAUCUUGAUUAUUAUUAUUGGCUCUUAGCAGCUAUUUUUGCAUCUAAUUUGUGUGUAUUCAUGGUAUUAAGUAAGAAUUAUAGGUACAAAAAUGUUAAGAGAAGUGUUGUUGGUACAUUAGAUGGGUGAUUUAUUCUUCUUAUAAUUGAGAGAUCGAACAUAUGUAUCAAAUUAUAUUACUUAAUUUGCUAGCUAAUUAUGUGUGAAGUAUAUCUUUAAUUUCAUUAUUUGAGUUAAUAGUAGCUUGGUCGUCAUAACUUGCUUGAAUAUUAGGAGUGAAGUCAAGAAAAAGUAAUACUAUUAUUUUUUAAUUGAAAUAAAAAUCUAAAUCUUGAGAAAUUCAUUUGCUUCCCUCUUAAUUAGCUUAUACAAUUAAUUAAUGACGUCUAUU